ACUGCUAUGAAACUAUGUGUUGUCGACAAUUUUUUUGACCAUUUACAACAAUUAAGUUCUGACCUAUUACAAGACGCUGUGGUUGUUUUAGCAAGAGGAUUGGUUUUGAAAAAUGACGACGGCAUUUAUUUGCAAUCUGUUGAAAACACACAAAUCAUGAUCAAUCCUAGGACAAAGAUUGCAAGCAAACUAAAACAGUGGUUUCGUAACGAUCAAUUUGUCCGACACAAGACACUAUGGAUAAAUAAGACUUCUCUUCCGCUCAAUAGAUUACUAUGCAUCUCGAAUUCAAUGCGUUUAUCCAUUUCUGAGUUUCACAAAUACAACGGAGGAUGCAAGUGUAGGGUUGUUGGGAGAAUAGAUGAUAUUAAUAAAGUCAAUAGUUCGAAUUCCGUAUUCAUGCAUAUCAAAAUAAAGGAUAUAAGUGGGUCAUUAAGUGUUGGACUAUCUCACAAGCAAAUAUGUUUUAUAUUACAAUUGUCCACUCUUCGAUCUACCAAAACGAACUGA